AUGAAUUUAGGAAUGGACUAUAACAAUCGCAGCGCCGACCAAUCCGUGGCGCUCCUAUCAGUACAAUUAUAUGAUCGAGAUGAUAAAUCGAUGAAGAAAUUUGAUGCAGAUCAACUUUUACUAGAAAAUGAUGAAAAUCGCGUAGAAGGGAGUAGCCAAGAAGGCAGUAGUAGUCUAGAUGAUGACUAUGAAGAUGAUGAUAUAUUGUUUAAAACAACAGCUAUAAAUGAAAACAAAUAUAAUUCAACUACUACAACAACAACAACAACAACAGUUAAAGUGUAUUUUUCUACCACGAAUAGAUGGACAAAGACGACGCCGAAGACGCUGAACAAUUCGAAUAGCGAAGAUGAUGAAUUUAAAGAGGAAGUUUAUGAUGAUCAAGAUCAUGGUCAGGAUGAUGAAACUGAUUAUUAUGAAGGAGAAAAAACGCUUCCUUCAAAAACGUCGACAACGUCUAUAAUUAAAAUAACAACAUCAAAUAAUCAUAUUGUUCACCAUACACCGAUAUGGGUAUUAUUUAAUUUCUUGACAAGACCAGCAAUUGCGGCCGGAGUAUUGUGUGGUCUCGGUAUCGGAAUUAUGACAUCGUUAAUUUUACUCAUAUGCAUUGUACGAAGAUUUCGGCGACGAGAAAAAUCGUCUUCUUCGUAUACAACAGGAUUAUUGUAUCCUAACCAAUACGGUUAUUCUAAGAGUCCACAAGAAUUUUACGCUUGA